AUGACUACAGUCCCAUUACUGGUAAGUUUGAAUACCAAAGAAGAAGUUCAUUUAAUUGUGGGAUCACACUCUUUGAAUCAAUGCCAAGCUAGGAUAAAGUCAAUUUUGGGCACUGGUGCUCAAUGUAUUGUAGUAAAUGCUAAAAACGGUAAAGAUUUGGAGCAAUUGAGAAGCAGGUUCGUGAAUGAGCCACGCUUAAAGCUUCUAGAACGACAGUUCUUACUGCAAGAUCUGACAACUCUAGGGAGAUAUAAGGUUGGCUGUGUUGUAGAUCGCGUUUUUGUGAACCUUGAUAGUAGCAAAGAUGGUCUAUUGAUCCCUAGCAUCUACGAGCAGUGUGUCAAUAUGCGUAUUCCAAUUAACACAACCCAGAGACCCGAGUUUUCCACCUUCUCAGUACUGUCGACCUAUGUUGACCCCAAGGGUUCUGGAUUACAAAUUGGGGUGACCACCAAUGGGAAAGGUUGUUUGCUAGCGAAUAGAAUAAAGCGGGAGGUUGUGUUUAAUUUACCCUCUAAUAUUUCGGAAGGGAUAUCGAAUAUGGGUAGGCUCAGAGACUUUGUUAUCAACCAAGAUCAUGAUCAGCUGAUCAAAACACUGCGCAAUGAUGAUAUAUCUGACGUGGAGUAUGAUGUUGAUGAGGAUACCUGCGAAUCUCACAAGUUAAAUAAAUUAAUCUAUGAGUUUAAGAUGACUGAAGCUGAGCAGAAACUAAGGCGUUCCAGGUGGUUAUCUCAAAUCAUUGAAUAUUACCCUCUCAGUAAACUUGCUAAUUUAUCCGUAAAUCAAUUGGCUGGUUCAUAUGGCGCAGAGUUCUGUGGGGUAGAGCCCUCGGCGGCAGGUGUGACUUCAGGUGUGGAAAGCCAAUCAACACAGGCUACUUCUCAUCCUGAAGUAAGUUUAAAGGAAUGCCCACCACCUUCUAUCGUUAAUUCUUCUGAUACCAAAAAUGCGACUGAUAUAAAACAAGGAACUAUUUCCCUAGUUGGAAGUGGUCCUGGGUCAGUUUCUAUGUUAACAGUUGGUGCACUCGUGGAGAUCAAAACUGCUGACUACAUUUUGGCGGACAAACUUGUUCCUGAAGCAAUCUUAAAACUGAUACCAGAAACCACUGAAACGUUCAUUGCAAGAAAGUUCCCCGGAAAUGCCGAACGUGCACAGGAAGAGCUUCUAGAAAGAGGUCUAGAGGCACUGCAGCAAGGUAGGAAGGUUAUUCGUCUGAAACAGGGAGAUCCGUACGUUUUCGGUCGAGGAGGAGAAGAGUGUAUCUUUUUCAAAUCACAUGGUUUUGAGCCCCGCAUAUUCCCAGGAUUGAGCUCUUCUUUAGCUGCCACUGCGGUAGCGAACAUUCCUGCCACGCAAAGAGAUGUUGCAGAUCAGGUGCUCAUUUGUACAGGCACUGGAAGAAAAGGAGCUCUUCCCCAUGUACCAGAGUACGUGGCUAGUAGGACCACUAUAUUUUUGAUGGCUUUGCAUCGUUCAGAAGUUCUCCUGCAAGCCUUGCUCAAAAAUAAUUGGGAUGCUGACAUACCUGCGGCCAUUAUAGAAAGAGCAUCCUGUCCAGACCAGAGAAUUACUAGAACACUAUUAAAAUAUGUCCCGCAAGUCAUAGAGGAAAUUGGAUCUCGACCACCCGGUUUAUUAGUUUUAGGUACCGCAGUUGGAGCCUUAGCAGGAAGUGACCCCAUUAACUUUGAUAAUUGUGAGCAAAAGUACGACGUACAGGAAGGUUAUCAUAGCGGCCUUCCGGAUAAUCCGUUAAAAACGUUAAUUGAUUUCAACCUCUCACCAUAUUAA